UACGUCAUCAAAUGUGUCAAAGACGUUACCAGUCAGUGCUCCAUUUCCGACUUUUCUGAAUGAGAAGGUUAUUCUUAUACACAUACAAGGGAUGUCAGCGGCAAACGGCGACUCACGUGACUGUACCACGUGGUCAAGGUCUCCGUCGAGCAGCAACUCAAAACGUUCUUACACUGCCGGUGUCUCCGACUACGAGGUGGAUGCCAUGAGUCUAACUGCAGCUGUUUGCCGAACAGUCAACGGGCGCAUGCGCAAAAGCUAUCGGAAGCAAUCGGGGAAACAGAAUUUACUUGAUAACCGCAACAGCAUGAAGGCGAAUGACGCUUUCUUCAUCAAGACUGGACACAUGCGUUUUUACGGAACGUCACUUGCGUUUUCCCAUGAUCUUAACUUGACCCCGACGUCAUUAUGCCCUGACGCUGACGCCCACAACGCGCUCGUCCGUGACUACGACCUCCCACUGGCCUGCCCUACGUGCUGGAGUGCGCAGAGGAACAGGCAGCCAACUCAUUUCAAGGUCAAGGUCGAGAAGAAGAAGGCUAAGAAAUCGCCUAUAUGUAAAUGAAUGGUUGGAAUGCGAACCACUCCAGGCAAUGUAUAUCUUCCAAUAAAAGGUAUAUCAAAGGAG